GCUCGGCCCUCCUUUUCCCACCGCGGAAGAUGCCAACUCCCGCCCGGUUGAGUCACAGCCUGAACUGGGGAGGAGGAGGAGGGGAAAGGCAGUCCCAGCCCAGAUCGCAGCCAUCGGUCGCAGGGAGAGCAGGCAGAGUGGUCAGGGAUCAUGGGGGAUUGCGCGCUGGAGCCCGGGACUGUGCCCGGGGCUCCGGCUGCGGGUCCUGUGCACGCCGUCACCGUGGUGACCUUGCUGGAGAAGCUGGCCACCAUGCUGGAGGCGCUGAGGGAGCGGCAGGGCGGCCUAGCUGAGAGGCAGGGCGGCCUGGCGGGCUCGGUGCGCCGCAUACAGAGUGGCCUGGGGAAGCUGAGUCGCAGCCACGACACCACCAGCAACACACUGGCACAGCUGCUUGCCAAGGCAGAGCGCGUGGGCACUCACGCCGAUGCAGCCCAGGAGCGGGCGGUGCGCCGCGCCGCUCAGGUGCAGCGGCUGGAGGCCAACCACGGACUCCUGGUGGCGCGCGGGAAACUGCACGUCCUGCUCUUCAAGGAGGAGACUGAAAUUCCAGCCCGUGCCUUCCAGAAAGCAACAGAGCUCUUGGGCCCGGAGGAGGACCAGUCAGUGUUGGGCCCAGAGCAGCCAGAGGAUGAAGUUGGAGAGAGUUCCGACGACAACGAGGAGCCAGUGGAAUCCCGGGCUCAGCGGCUGAGACGCACUGGCUUGCAGAAGGUACAAAGCCUGAGAAGGGCUCUGUCUAGCCGCAAAGGCCCUGAAGCAGCACAGCCCACACCAGCGAAGCCUCCGCGCCUUGGGCCUGUCCGGAGCUCAGAAGGCCAGCCUGCAGCUCAGCCAGUGGUGCUGGAGUCCUCACUACAGUCUGCCUUGGAGCCAGAACCUCCUCAGGCUACCAGGGAAGAUCCUGGCAAGCCUGCGCUUCAAAUAGAGAGCACAGCCUGAUCACGGCGACUGCCUGCUCCACUCGGUGCUUAUGCCUUCUCCCAAAAUAAAUCCUUUAGGAGUGCAGCACUUACAUCCAAAUAAGGAAGGAAUCCUGCAUCCACUGCCCAGCUCCAAGCUUUC